AUGUGCCAACAACUUUUGCCAAAGAAAGCCAAUGCAAUUUUCAUACUGCUACAGAGUAUUGAAGCUGGUGUGUUUGAGAAUGAGGUUGCCACGGAGAUUUAUAUUUGGAGUAGCAAGCAGAUUAACUAUAUGCUAGGUGCAAAUGGAAUGCACUACAGUUACCUGAUUGGUUACGGAAAUGAAUAUGUUAAAAAUCCAUACCAUAAAAAUAGCGCAUGCUCAAAGUCUAAGGAAUGUGGAUGGAGUUUUUAUGAAUCGUUGUCGGAUAACCAAAACACAUUAAUCGGUGCUCUUGUUGGUGGCCCUGAUGUAAAUGAUUAUCAUAAAGAUACUAGACAAAACAAGCUAGGAAACAGUGUCGCUCUAGAGUAUAAUGCUGGGUUUCAGUCAGCUCUAGCAG